CGGGAGCGCAGCCCCGUCCCGGCCGCCGCGGGAGGCCGGAGGGAGGCGGGGGCCCCACGAGGAAGGCAAGGAUAAAUGGAUGUAUAUGACUUUUCCCCUGACCUAAAGCGGUUCCAUGUCUUGUUUGGACUGUUCCUGUAUUCUACGUACGCCAGUUGAAUCAAUCAGACCAGAAGAGCUAUCUCAGAGCAGCAUCCAUGAAUGCCUGGCUGAUUCUGAUCUAGCCUGGAUUCCCCCAUCUACAGGAAGGAAUGAAAUGGUAUUUUGCUCUUCUAAUGUCUCUCAUUAUGAACUCCAGCUGGAAAUAGGAAGGAGGUUCAACAAUUUAACUUCAGUCUACCUUGCACGGCAUACACCUACUGACAUGCAAGUUGCUGUAAGGAUCACAGACCUAGAAAAUUGCUCUGAAGAGCAUUUGAAAGCCUUACAGAAUGAGGUGGUUUUAUCCCACUUUUUCCAGCAUCCCAACAUAAUGACGUUUUGGACAGUGUUUACAGCUGGUAGCUGGCUUUGGGUCAUCUCCCCAUUCAUGGCCUAUGGUUCAGCUAGACGCCUGCUGAAGACUUACUUUCCUGAAGGAAUGAGUGAAGCUUUGAUAGGGAACAUUCUGCUUGGUGCAAUCAGAGGAUUAAAUUACAUGCACCAGAAUGGAUAUAUUCACAGGAAUAUUAAAGCUAGCCACAUUUUGAUUUCAGAGGAUGGGCUGGUUUCUCUCUCUGGUCUAAACAACCUCUACAGUUUAGUUAACAAUGGACAAAAGUCUAAGGUGGUAUAUGAUUUCCCCCAGUUUAGUACAUCCGUGCUUCCUUGGCUGAGUCCUGAACUACUGAGACAGGAUUUGUCUGGGUAUAACAUGAAGUCUGACAUUUACAGUGUGGGAAUUACAGCGUGUGAAUUAGCCAAUGGACAUGUUCCAUUUCAGGAUAUGCCCCGCACUCAGAUGCUGCUGCAAAAACUGAAAGGUCCCACAUACUGUCCUUGGGAUAUAAAUACCUUUCCCCGGGGGGAAUCCAGGAUGAAGAAUUCCCGAUCGGGGGUCGAUUCUGGAAUUGGUGAGAGCAUGACACGCACAAUGACCAGUGAAAGACUACAGAUUCCCUUUUCCAAAACAUUUUCACCUGCUUUCCACAACUUAGUAGAACUUUGCUUGCAACAGGACCCUGAGAAAAGGCCUUCAGCAAGCAGUUUGCUUUCGCAUACGUUCUUCAAACAGAUAAAAGAACAAACACAGAAUUCACUACUAUCUCUAUUGCCACCUCCUAUUCAAAAUAACAGAUCAGAGUUCUUGGCACUGCCCUCAACAACAGUUGGGACUGGACUUGGACAUAUUACUGCAAAUCAAGAUGAUACAGACUGGGAAUUCUAAAUAAAUACCAAACAAUCAUACCUCUCCUGUGCUUCAGAGAAGGAAAAUGUGAUUUGUAUUUGCUGCUUUAGUUUGUAUGGUUAAAAUAGACAAGGUAUACUUGAACAUGCCCUGAAGUGGCCAUAUUUCAUUAACUUCCUCUGUUGGCAUCACGAAGUGCAGUGUGCCUCACUCUCUGACCGAAAGGAAAACUGUAUAUAGAGAAUGGCUGAAUGCUUACCUCUCUCUUUCAAAGUACUUCUUAACAAGAGAGUUCCUGCUGUAAUCUUACUCUGUACUGUAUUUUCAGCUCAUAUUGCUGCGGUGCACUUGCCUUUCUGAAUCCAGACUUGGGUAUUGUCUGUGAUCUUACUUAAACAAUCUGUUUGUCUUUUCAUUAUGACUCAAAUAAUUUUAGUGAGGAGAAAUCCUCCACUUCCAAGUUGAAAUCUGAGACUGCACAAAUUAAUUGAUUAUGUGAAUAAAUGUUUGUCUCCUGAAAGACAUUUUUUCUCACUUGACGUGCUGUCAUAUUUGCCAAAAGUUAGCUAUGCAUUCAUUUUUCAUGCAGUUUUAAUACUGCAUUUUUCCCAAAGAAGUUAAGCUGCUUAAAAGUGUGACUCAUGUUCUUGCAUUUGUCUAUAUUCAUACUACAAAUUUGUGCUUUUGCAUCUCCAUUUAUUGUUGUGUCAUUCUAGCAGUUAAUCUGAGGACUUCUUACUAUGCAAAGUAAGUCUCAAGUUUAGCAGGUACGGGUUAAUUUUGAAGAAUCAAAUAAUCUAAAGUUACUGUACAUAUUUUUAUUUAUACUGUAUUCCUGUUCACCACCAGAAUUUACCAGAACUUAAUACUGUUGUUUUAAAAGAACAGGCAAUAUGCAUUAAGCUUCACUGGCACUGCUGCUGGCAAACAAGCCUCUUCUGCAAGGCACAGUUAAAUUCCCUUGGAUAGAUUCAGCCAUAGUAAGCACCUAAUACCCCCAAGGAUCCUAGUGAAUUUAUCUGUUCUAAGUCAGAUGAAAAGCUGUCUUUUUUCUCCCUACAACUCAGUAAGUUCUCAUCUCUCACACUGUACCAGGCAACUCAGACUGAACAAAAGCACCUUUCUUUUUUUUAAAAAAGCUGCAUAUUCUCAUCAUGUUGUAGCAAAAGUCGUGUCCCAAAGCCACUAGUAUUCUAUUGAUGGAAGUUAUGACUGUAUUAAGAAAAGCAUAAAUAGAUAUCGAAUGGAUAUGUUUUAAAUUUUCAACAUAAACAACAUUCCACGUUAAGUCUCCAAGUCUUCCAUAGCUGAGCUGGUCUAUACCACUGUUUGCCAGCAGCUUUGCCUCAAGGCCUUGAAGGUGAAAUGACCAAUAUGCAAAACUGAGAGAGACAUAACAUUCUAAUUGACUACAUAAAAGUAUUAACAAAGAACUUGAGUCUAUUCAUUAUGCUGUGAAGAGAGCUCUAUAUUUCUAAAACUAACAUGUGAAACUUAAGAUUAAAAACCUGUCAAUAAACUUACCUUAUCUGCCUCCA